UAUAAGUAUACCUUACGAGCAUAAGCAAUUAUAUAUAGAAACGAACAGAGCAUAGAAUAAGCAGCUUAGCAUCUUAGCUCUUUCUCUUGUGCGAUAUACACUAUGUGGAUUUUUUUACUAAAGUGACAAUGUUCUAUACUAGUGUUCAUCCUUCUAGCAAUAUUAUAUAACCGGUUAUCGUUAUACUAUAUACAAUUAUUUUACGCUCGUAAAUAGUUAAAAAUAGAAAUAAACGGGACGUAGAAUGAACCGAUUACUCUUAAAACUACUUGUGUAAAUCGCAGUUUAAGGAUUUCCUUCUUUUUUUUCAUAAAAAUGGAGAUAUUCUGUAGUAAGGUGUUCAUGUCUCAACAAUAUUAUAGCAUAUUUAUCCAUUUUACAGCAUAAAACGCUCAAAUAUAGAAGUAAAUGGGAGGUAUGGAAUGUGUAUAUUGUUCUUAAAUGCAUGGCUGGAUUCGCGAUUCGGCGAUUUUCUAGCAAAAAUCUGCAGCAAAACGUUAGAGAGUCUUAGCGGCCGACCCAGUUUACCGACGAUUUAUGCGUUAAUGUGAAAGAGAACAAACACAAGAAAUCUCCCAGGAACUAAUUACCUAACAGAGGAUCAAAAUUAAUCUUGUAAGUUACAGCCGUCCAGCGACUGUCCAAUAAUAAACCCUUUUUAUCGCAGUUGUUAAGAUGUGCAGGAAUGUAGAGAACCCACCUGCGCAUCUUCUCGUACAAGCGGUAUGCGCGCCAUUCUGAAUGAAUAGGGGCCUCUCGAAUGACGUAAUCGGAGGAGAGGUCAGACAGAUGCCAGACGAAGAGGGUCAGGUGAGAGUCGAGCCGCCUCUUUCCUUACAAUUGUUGGUUGGGUAUAGGUCCGACAUCGUCUAGAAAAGUGCAGAAAAAAUAAUAGUCCCUCUCGAUUUACACGAAACUUUCAUUUAGAAUAGAGGAAUUUCUGUCUUCAAUGAACGAGUUUAAACGUUUAUAUUCGAGGAUCCUGGCGCGGGAUUUUUGCACCACCCGAAACGGGGCAACUCCAAAGACUUUGGUGAAUUCUGCCAUUGUUGUCGGGAGCUUCGACUCAUUGUUCGAAAAAAUCUACUCGUUCAUUCGCCAUUCGAUAAUUUUAGAACACAAAAACUGUCUUCUCCUUCACUGAAUUGCUUUCCUUUCAGUUUUUAUUUAACAAUUCGUUCUUUCCAACGUAAAUUCGUAAACAUCCGCAAAAAUUUCUACAUCACUUGACAUUCUUGAUUUAUGGGACAUUAGGUCGCUAGUACGAAAGUGCAUGGAGUAACGCUAACGCUUUACGUAUUGUUACGAGCAUUUUGCACGUUACUCGAAACGAAAUAUACUUUAUGCGGAAUGGAAAAGUUUUAUUUUCGGUAUGGCCAACUGCGUCCGACCUAACGAAAAAAUUGAAUUAAUCAAAGACGAGAAAAAAGUAAUGCUAAGACAAUGCAAGGACGGUCCAGAUGUCUGUAGGCAUAAAUACACUUUGUCUAACUUGGUGAGAAAAAUUAUUUAUGCAGAAUAUAUCACUUUCUUUCGCUCUUCUUUACUUUUUUCAGCUUUGUAAGAGUUGCGAGGAAAGAGUGAAAAUCGUUUUAAAGUCGAAUGUUUUAAUAGAAUGUACCGAAAUUUCGGCCGGAUAAGAGCUCGUCGGUUUUCAUUCGUGCAUGCCUAAACGGUAUUACAAUUAUCAACAGGUCUGCAGAACAUAGUUUCUGCGCUUAAGUGUCAUUGCAUUCGAGCGUUUUUGUAAUCUUGCACCACAGACUAUAAAUCAAGACUUGAAAAACUGAAAAAAAGUUAUAAUCUAACUAAUAAUUCCAUCGUCUAAAUUGAAAGUAUAACGUCGAACGACAGAUAUCUUGAUCGUAAUCGAUACUUAUCCCUCCUCGACCAUUGACAGUUUACGACGGGGGGAUCUUCGGCCGCGAGCGAACGACCCCGUUUCGUGUCGGGAUUGGCGGUCCUGUCUGAGACGAUCGAUCUAGCCGAAUUGACGAAUGUCCUUCGAUCGUAAAUUCUCGAUAAUAUCCGAAAAACCUGCCCAGGAUUGGAAAUUUUUUUGUGUGUGUGUGUUCUUUGUUGGCACGCGCAUCGAGAGGCGGAGCGUGCGGUGCCAAUAAACUUGUUGGCUUCUUGCACGCCGUUUCGGGUGGACAGCGCCGAAUUUCGUUAUGGACCGACAAAGAUAUCUUGGCAGAAGUCGGCUAAUUGCUCGACCAAAGAGCCUAUUUACCGUUCAUUCUUCCGACCGACUGCACCUGGACACAGGUGUUCUCGCCUAUAUCUUCCGAGGACGUUGUCCUCGGACCGUUCCACCUCCACUAAAUAUCGAAAUUUGCCACCCUAUCUUUCCCUUUAUCUCUACACGCAUUCUUAGAAUUCCCCCGGUUACAAAUGACUCUGGCACUCUACGUUACAUUCUUAGAACUACUGUAGAAUUCUCGGAAUUAUUCUUCUAGAAGCUUUCGACUAAAAUAGUCUAGAGGAAUGGUCAUUUACAUGGAUGACACAAUAGCAUCUUCUGAGAAAUUCCAAGUAGUUAAAUGGAAAUGAUCUAGAUUUUGAUUUCUUUCAGAAAUGAUCCGAUAUUCUUCCAGAAUUUGCCAUUAUUUCCUUGCUUGCACUUAUUUUAAUAAGCCACACUUACUACAGAAAUCCGCACCAUGCCGAAUCAGAGUAGAUAUCCUGGAUUUUUCUUUAUCUUAAUUUUAUGGAAAAACAUUUUAGUAUUCCUCAAUCCGUACGCAAUUGAACUCGACCGAUUCAUUCAGAAGUUGCCCGAAUUUUAUGAGAGAUUUCGACAAAGUGGGAACUGUACCAGCAUCUAUAGAAAAAGAUCUAAUUCUGCAUCAUCGAUAGCAAGAUUUUGGUUCACUAAAUAAUCUAAAAGUUCUAUAAUUGCGUGGCCGAUCGAAAUGUUUUGUUAAUUAAGUGUAAUUUUGACGUGGUGUCAACGGAAAGGUUUCUUCUAGAGGGGUGUCGCGACUUCUAGAAAUUGUCAUUUCUCUACGCGGUAGAGUUUACACUCCAAACAUAAUGCUAAUCCCGUUUUUUUCCGUGAAUUAAUUCCUGUAGAAACGAAGUUAAUUUAAAAUUUGCAAGCGUUGCAUCCGUACCUGGAAGCAAUGUCGCAUUUUCGAUCGUCGGAGGUAAUGGGGUUCGGGUGCGAACGUGGGUUCGUUCGACUCGACUAAACCCGUGUAGGACGAUCCAUUGGCAAGAGGCCGUGUGCUGCCGAGUUAAGUGAAAAUUUAACAAUUAGCAGAAAGUAUCGCGUAAUAGAGCAUAAAAAGGACGAAAGUGCAGGUGCGCUCGACCGUGGGCGAUUCGUGUCCGCCAUGAUAAUUAAGGGAAUCACGACGCUCUUUUCCGUCUUUCUGCCACUGAAUUUGGACUUGUUUAUCCCCGGACACACGUGUUGUUGGCAUAUCGCCGCAUCAGCGGUUGCCGUGGCAACACCGCCCUUGCCCGACCUUGAAACUUCUAUUGAUCUAAUGGGGUUAGACGUUGUUGCCCGGGUCGGCGUCGCCCGGCAACCGGAGAUGAGCGGUGCAGGAAGCAACCAUCUACGUUCGAAUUCUCCUGCCCGGGAUGUCCACGACGUGCAUCGACACGUGUAUCCGUUCGAACCCUCUCCGACCGCUUCGAAGAAAACGUAAAUAAGAGUGACGAAACAUAUAAAUCCCUUCUACUAUAAGGGGGAGCUCGAGGGUUUCGCCAGACUCUAAACGCGGCUGCCAGCGCCCGACUGAGAAGAGAAAUUCAACUUCUGCCUUUUUUUUCCGAUCCGCGGAAUUUAAACCUUAAUAACUGGGUAGAAGAAAAAAAAGCCGUAACCGCGAAAUAGUAACAAUUUCACACGUCAUUAAUAACGAACUCGAUAACGUAUGAAUUAGUUAAGCCAAGCGAAGUGACGGUGUAAACAAUAGGCACUGUGGAUAAUAGCUGGUGGAGGGAGAGGGGUGGAUAAUGUAUUAAAGCACUAUUCUUCUGGUAUAAUGCGCCUGACCUUAACUGAGCUUGUGAGACACCCCCGGGCGUUUCUCUACGGAUUCUCUCUACGAGAUUCGUCUUUCUGCUGCUACAACUUUCUUCGAACGACUAAUUAAUCCUCGGGGAUGUACUAGCCUAGUAAAUCGAAAAAUGCAGCAUUUCUUCUGUUACGGACUUCGAUACUUUCUACAAUAAUCUUUGCCUCGGGAGGAUAUGGAUUCUUUGGUGCCUUCCAAAAUAAUCAUCUCUUUAGAUACUUUCUAGAAUCUACAGAUUCUUCGACUAUUGUAACACAAUACUUACUUCGAGAGAGAGUGGAUGUAAGCAAAACCCGCUACUUCAAUUUGGUCUAGCAAUUUCCAUAUACAUCCGCCCUCUGUUGAAGCAGAGACAGCGAUUACCUUCCAGAAACAGGUUCAAAUAAGAUCGAGAUCCAGAAUUUUAUAGAGACGUAAUGUAAACGAAUUAAGUUAGCAUCUCGCCAACACUAUCUUGCCAAUUAUCAAUUAUGCUAAAGUUUCGACGACUGUCGCAGCAGCGCCCAUGCGAUUAAGCAAAGGGUCUUUAGCUACGAAUAGAUAACUGGAGAUAAGGAGCCAUCAUUAUUCAUGGCUCGACUAACCGGUCGCCUUCUACCUAUACCGUCUCUCCGUCCUGAUCGAUCGAAAACGUUGCGAUCGAUCAAAUAUCGAAGCGAAAAUCGAUCGAGUGCGAGCACGCGGUUAAAUCAGACCUGUUAAAAAGUCAACGACGGCGACCUUUUGUUUUGUCGCUCCGUAAUCAGCCAGUAUUCAUGCUUUAGGCAAAAACAAAUAGUUUGUUUUUCACUCGCUAUCUAAGCAUUUCGCUCUGAAUAAGAUCUAUGAAAGCCCCUUGAUGAGAUAUUAACUUUUUCUUCUCCUUCAAUAAGAAAAUCUCUCCGCUGACAACUGAUUCUUCCACUUUCAUCUACCCCGAUUCAUCAGAUAAGAGUACACAGGAUUUCUUAAAUUGGCAUACGUAUCGUCAUCUGGGCCGACGAUCUGAAGAUGAUUCUGACAAACAAAAUCUUCAACACUGACUUUUUUCAACGAUGUGAGACGAAGAUCUUAUCUACCGAAAACAAUUAUUGAAUUUUUAAUUUGAUGCAUGUUUGCAGAAGAGCCGUGCAAAAUGAAAUUUGAUUCGACCAGCAGUUUUAAAGUGGAAGAACCUCGGAUCUAAACUUUUAAUUUUGUCCACGCCAAAGAAAUUUUUUGCAAAAACAUGCAACAGAAAGUUAGCAAAUAUUUAAGAUAAAAUUUAUUUUGAUUUUUCGACGGAAUGAGUAGAAAAUUUGUGCAUUUAUCGAAAUUUCGUAGCAGAACGAGCAAAUUUCCGAUCGGAAUUCUUAAUAGAAUGCACAGUUUGGUUAGAAAACGUAACCGAUGCAAUGUAGAAAGACGGUCGUAAAUAUAUUUUAAUCGCAAAUUACAUUGCUUCGAGCAUCUUAAUAGGUUUUAGCCUGUAAAACUCUCCGUUUAAACGCAAUAAACAAAAUAAAUUUCUGCAAAAUAUGAUUCGAUAAUGGAGAAAGCGAAUUUGCUAUGCAACAAAAUUCGUUUGGCAAGCCGAAAUUUUGCAGGAUGCAUAUUUAUGAAGAUUUUUCUCGAGCGCACUGCGAUCGCACGUAAGCGAGAGGGGACGAACCAGAUUUUUGCGAACAGGGCCGAUUUUUGACACCUGCAGGAAUAUUUAAAGUAUGUCGAUAAAAAGUAGAAAACUUUUUAAGAUGCAGAGGUAUGGUUAAUUAGAUGGAACACGAUUUAGUAAGAGGAGCGAGUCACUUGCAUGACUAAGAUCGUGAUUGGAAAAUUAACUAAUCGGCCCUCACCCCGAAUAUAUAUUCUACAGUUAAGGAGACAUUACUCGGCAAGAAUUAUUUUGUUAUGAGUUUGAGGUGGAGUUGCAGGUGUCUGGAAAGGUGGAUCACACUCUUCCGAAACGUCACGUUCCGAGUGGAAAACCCGUUUGUCGAUGUAAUCUGUCUCGAACUCUCGAAUAUCGGGGGUCUAGCGAAGGAUCGGCAUUUUUUUUUAGAUUAAUUUCGACCCUCAGAUAUCGAAAUUGCUGCGUUCGACAUUCUUGGGGUAACUAGCGAGAUGAUGAAUUAGCAAACGUCACUACGUCUGACGACUUAAUCGAGAGUCGAGCCAUCGAAAAAUUUCGCUAGUGACAAAUCGCCGGAGCGAGGCGAGCAUACUCGACAGGCUGCAAAACGUGCAGAAAAUCCCGUUCGAUAAUGGCGCAACAUCCGAACUGUAGGUUAAAGACCAGGCCAAGAAUCCGGUCUUUAGCCGACCGGGUCUGGGAGUUCGAAUCUCGAAAAGCUCCAUCGAGUGUUCGGAACGUAUUCGCUCGGUGGCUAAACUCUUAUUUACUCGUUCGAAUCUAAUCCGAACGGCCGAAUCGUCUUUCCAAAAACACCUUCACUUUUCUAAUUUGGCCGAACGUGUUGGCGUUUUUGGAAGAACACGGACAACACUCGUUCAGACUUCCAUCAACCGGUGUAGAUAGUUAUUUGUUCGCUUUCACUUAAACGUCCGUUUUACAGGACCGCAUCCGAUUCCGUUCAUUCAUGUCUCUCGGAGCAUUCGAUAAUCGAUUAGACAACACAUCUCACUGGCAUCGGCGCGUUUUUAAAAAUGCAUUAAACAAAGCCCAUCCCGUCCGUUUACGUUUUUGAAACGAUAAAUGUCUGAAUACUUUAGGCUGGCAAACACCAGAUACGCCAAGCGGUAUUAAUAAAAGCUUUCGGGCUUCGUACGGAUGUAAAGGCUAAUGGGAGAAGAAGCGGCAAAUAGUGGCUCGGCACUUAUCGCGCGCUUAAUAUCACCCUCCGACUUCUGUAAACUAGAUACGACGAAUCCCACGUCCGAUUAAAAGCUCAUUGCCCAACCUCGACAGCUGGAAGAGCGAAAUUCCAGAGGGGUACGCAUACGAUACGUCAUGGAGUAGCGAACUGUGACCUUUAUAGUCACGCGUGAGGAAAUGAAUCGUUAACUGUAUUGUAGUGUCGACUUUCGUCCGUCCACACCUGUCGCUUCCCGCCUACGCCGCCGAUGUUUUCGGCGAUUCCGGCGGCGCGAGAAGAGGGGUCGAGCGUAAGGAAAGAAAGAAAUAACGUUGGGCGACGCAACGAACGUCUGCGGUGGUCACCACCCCGGUCGAGUUUAAUGGGAACAAAACGUUCCCGGAAAAAGCGACGUAAUCGGUUAAUAGCGGAUAAUAAAUAAUUAAUGCCGUCUCGUCGGAUAAUGAGCACUUUGGUAGUCGGCCGAAGUGUCGAGUGUUUAACGAUCUACGAAUCGUCGAAUUCUUCCGCGAAACGGCACCCUUCUUUAAUUAAAGAGUUUCGGAUGACCGUGCCAUACGAUCCUCGAACCCGGUCCCACCCACCUCCUCCAUCCCGGAUAAUCGAGAGGCGUAAUUAGCCGAAGCCCAGGUAGGGGUGGUCGAAUGACGACGACUCCAAAUCGGCCCACGUGAGGCGCUGCAGUCGUUGCGUAGAAGCUAGGCGCGGACGGUGCGUUCUACACGUGCUCGGGUUGCUAGGAGACGAGUCGACAGUCCAAUGAGAUGGAAGCGGCCGACGCGCUCGUUUAAGUAAGCGACGAGCGGUCUGCGCUUCUCCCAUUAAACCCAUCCACCCCGUGGCCGCCACAUGACAUUAUGAGUGGAUCCGGCGUCAACUUAAUGGUGCCUCUGGACGGCUCCUACUCGACUCUCCGACCGGACAACGGAAGCGCGGGGUCUAUGUUGUCUAUCAAUCAUCCCAACUACACUCUGUGCCGAAGCAGACACACUGCCAACGAUCUUCUCGCCAACGACCCUCUGUUGCCUCUGAGUCCUUACUACUGGCCCAGUUACGCUUUUCCUCCAUCCUGGUUCGGUUCUCUCAAACAGACGACGCCUACGAUAGUUAACAGAGGUGAAACCAAGGAAAGAAUACUCGAGAAGGAAAUAGCCAGAGCGACCAGGAAUGCGGAACCCAAGGAAGGUCUGACAGAAUCUCCUGUUGGACCGACGGUGAAAAUAGAAGAGAGAAGCCCAAUCAAGUGUCGUGUCAUUAAUAAACCUCGCAGCUCCUCCGACAGCAGCAUCACAUGCGGUAUCGGCAAAGUGCCCAUGAAUGGGCCAGAGGGCAUGACAGCUACGACCGAUCCGUGCGGCGAGCAGCACGUGUGGCUCGGUGAAAAGACUCGUCGUUCUUCUACCUCGCCCAUUCAAAUGACCGGUUCGGAUUCGGCUAGGAUUAUCGGCAAUUCCGGUAGUCUGUUUCGCCCGCCUCCCGCCGUACCCGGAAGUUCGGACCACAAUCGCAUCUACCCCGCAUCUUCGUCGACGUCUACCUCUAGUGGCAUCCAUCUCUACCAAGCUCACGCUGCCAGUUUCUCCGGUUACUACCCGUAUGGCCAAGGAUCACCGUAUUCUAGUCCACCCAGACAAUACUUCAGUCCUUCCAAGUCCUUCGGCCUUCACACUCAGGGUCAAGGACACGGCGACACCACCAAGACUUCGAAAGUUCGCCGAAGCGCGGAAGAAACCAUUUCGUCACCUAGACACACGAAAACAUCGAGCUCCGAAGUCGGCAAGGAGCAAUCCCAACCGUCGGCAUCCUAUCGAGUUCCUACCGGAAAAGAGGGAUCUCUCAAACACCGCAUCUUACGUCCUCCUAGCAUCCACAUCGUAGAGCCACCCGCCAGUUUAGCGGGAGAGGCGCCUCUAUCGGCGCCUCCCAUUCAAAGACACAGGGAGGAACCCUCGGCCAAACUCCCGCGAGUGAUCGCUCCCAACAAUUCUCAACCGAAAUCCCAACAGAGUAACUGGCAAGUUCGACGCCAGAACACAUCGCCGUCCAAUCCUCAAUUGCAGUAUCCCGUGUAUUUCAUGAAAGGCUCCAUCAUACAGUUAGCCAGCGGACAACUGAAGCAGGUGGAGAACUUGAGCACGGACGAUUUCUUGCAAAGUGCCGAAGUCAGUGCGGAUCUUCGCAUCGAUUCCAGUACCGUCAUCAAGAUCGAAAAGGCUCAGACGUCCGAUUCGGUCAGCUUGAGUUUCUCCGUGGGACACAACGAAGUACAGGUGACGGUGGAAGCGCCGGUGGAGCAUCCCUUCUUUGUGUUCAAUCAAGGAUGGUCUUCCUGCGAUCCCGAAAGAUCCGGACAGAGAUACGGCCUAUCCUGUCACAAAUUGUCUGUGGGUGACGUUUGCAUCUCUCUGACGCAUCGAGACGCCGCUACCACUCUGUCGAAUCCUCAAAACAACGCCGGUAAGUCGCAGAGGCAACCCACGGAAGUGACCAAAUUAUCCGGUCCUCAGACGGCUUUCUCCAACCAAGCCAAGAGGAAAAGACGAUGGUCUGCCCCCGAUCAUUUAGAACUACAGACGGACAAACCGAAAUCUUAACUGCGUGUAGAUACCGAAAUGUACAUUGCUGUAUAUAGCUGUGGCCAUAGGAAUGUUGCCAUUCAUCUUUGGUUGUACAUCUUCACUUUUAUAUAUAUACAGUUCGUAUACUUAUCAUGUAGUGUUCUUUUUCUUUUUUUUAAUGAAUUACUGUUGAUCCGUUAUAGAAUGUCAUGGAAUUAAAGUGGUUUAUUAUUAUGCC